UUAGCAAAUUUAGCGGAAUGCCGACUGUGUAAAUGGGCAGGAGUGUUAAUAUGAGAGCAUGCAACGACAACUCUACUCGCACAUCGAAACAAAGCUUACAACUAGCAGUAACAGGGAAUUCACGGCCUUUUGUGAAAACAAUAGCACUGCGUGUAAUCUUUUAGAUUUGGAAUUAUAUUAUUAACACACAAUAAUACACAUUGUAUAAUACAGGAUAUACAAAUCAUCGAUGCUUUCAACGGAAUAUGCUUGUCUUAACGUUAAUUCGUUCCAAAGAGAAUAUUGACAUUUUUCGUCUAUUGAGAAACAAACGAAAUGGCGGAAUGUGGUUCCAGCCAUGACAUGUCUUCUCGAUUUCAGAGGCAAAACAGCGUUGACAGUAAUCGCUAUCAAAAUGAGAAUUUCUCCGUGGAGGUGAACACGAUUCUGAACUGUCUAGGAUAUGGACCAGAUAUCAGACGGUUUCGCAGAGAGAGUUACAGAUUUAGGGAUAAAGUGCUGAAUAGACGCGAAAGCAAAGACAAAGUAAUGUGCGUCACCGUUGGGAGCAAAUUAGAAGGACUUACGAGCUUCUUUGAAAGUGACACGGACUGUAUUAUAUUACAUUCCAGAGUUGUGUGUCUAGAAACCGGUGUUGACCCUAACGCAAUCGCAAACAAUAUUUCAAUAUUCAAAAUGGAUACUAGAUCAUGCUAUGCAGGUCACUGUAAACAACUCCUAGUGAGAAUAGCUCCAGGACACCACCCUGCAUUUUCCAAUUCUAUUGUCGUGGAUCCAAGUGGAAAUAGAAUUUUUAGCAAUCUUAAACUUGUUACUGAAUUCCAGAAGGCCCCAAUGCCGCCAUCUGCCGUAAGUUAUCCACGCGCGGGGCCCUCAAUACCCGUCUCGGUUGGAGCGUACCAUCAAGAUACGGUACACGCAAUACCUUGUUACUGUCCCAGCAUACUGGAAAGGUGGGCAAAAAGACAACCACGCCAUUGGCCCCCAACGGAGAUUGUUCAGAAAGUCGUUUCACAAGGAGCCUUUUUAGUCCCGACAGGUUUUAAAGGGAGUGAACAUAAAGACGAAGAGUUCAGAAUUUGCUUUAACACUGGCGAGAAUGAAUUAGUGAGCAAUCUAAAUGACACACAGGUUAAAAUAUAUGUUUUAUUGAAAAUGGUCGUAAAAGAGGUACUUAAGCCCCAAAAGAAAGAGGUGUCGUCGUACGUUGUAAAGGAUAUUGUGCUAUGGCAAGCGGAGAGCAACCCACAAUACUUGUUUCAUGAAAGGAGUUUGUUACACUGGCUUCAUGAAGGGCUGAGCGAGUUACGAGCAGUUGUUUCUUCUAGACAACUACAAUAUUAUAUGAUACCUGAGAGAAAUUUGAUGGCACACUGUGGAUUAGAUGAUGAACAGCAGCAAACGUGGGUAAAAACUAUUACUGAAAUGAUGAAUGAAGGGCCAAAACUACUACUGCGAUUCAUGAAAAUAAGAAAAGCCAUAAUUUCUUACAAGCAACCCUUGCAAUGGUACAGCAAAAUGAGGACAGAGCUUGAACUGCUUCAGUUAAAAGAUAUGAUAAGAAGAGAGCUGUGUACAGAUAAGAAUUUGGGCCUUGAUUUGACUGACAGAAAUAUGAAGAAAAUAGAGGAACGCCAGCAAGAUAUUUUAUGGGAAAUAGCCUUGCGGAUGUACAUGGACGGGAAUGGCGUACAGGACUGGUGGGAUUUAAAUGAAAGAAUGUUGAGCUGAAUACUUUUACGACCGACUAUGAUGAAUACAUAGCAAGUAUUGGCAUUGGUAGCCAAGUAAAUAUAAUUAACGCCGAGGGAAACUAUAAGCAAACUAACUAUAUUCUAUGCAGUUGUAACAAAAAAUAAUAUUGUCAUUUUAAUAUUGCAUCAAUAUUUAUGCCGUACCAGGUUGUCAUUGGUUUUAAAGCAUAAACAAUCAGAUAAAAGAACAAUUGACAAAUAUCAAAGUCGUUUCUGUGGAAUGCUUUGAUGGGAUGAAUUUAAAAUUUAUUUUGUCAGUUAUUUAUUCUUUGCUGUGCAUUACCAAAUAGUAGCAUGCAUUACAAUAUCCUAUUAAGUUUGUGGGCCAUAUUCGUCUCUUGGCCAUUAACGUUAACCGGAAAAUACUUUGCGAACCCUAAAUUUCCCCAAUUAAUUUACCCUUUUUCUUGUAUAUAUUUCUAUUUAAUAAAUAAUGCUAUAAAAUGAAUUUAUAUUAUCAAUAAUUGAUUUUUUUUCCUGAAAACUUGGCCUUCCACUGUUUUUUUUUAUACUUUCGCAUGGGAUUUUUGGUUUUCCUUUGGGAUUUGUUUUACCAUGGGCUUUUUUGCCCAAUUCAUGAAUGAAAGUAAACCAUGGGAUUUUCGAUUUUGUGUACAUAUACUUAUGAAUGUGUUGUAAUAGAGUCUAAGCACUGUCGAAAUGGUGUGCAUAUUUUCGUUUGAAAAGUAUUGAUGUCUUAAAAGCCACAUCCGUUACAAAUGAACAAACAUGGGGAAACAACUUUUUUUGCAUUUAAACACAAUAUAAAAACUUUAAGACCAUAUUUGUUUUUGCUAUGGUUACCGCUUUAUACACAACAUCCUUUACGCGGAAAAGCUUUAAUUGAAUAUUACUUAGUGAUUGAUGCAUGUGUGUUUUGCUUAUACCAUUUACCCUAGCACUUUGUUAUAAGCACCACCAGAAUAU